AUGGAGGAAGCAGUCCGUCGAGAAGUCCGACGCCAGACCAAUGAGCAUUACUCUCUCCAAGAGCUCUCGCCAACCUUUCAAGUAGCUGGCACCCUAUUCAGCACGCCUCUGCAGUGCGAGAGAGACGCAGAGUGGGCAGAGUUGCUAGCAGCUCUCAACGAGAAGCCUAACAAGCCCCUUAACGUCUUUUGCGACAUCCCAAUCGACCCUCCACCCCUGCCAGAGGCGCCUCCUGUCCUUGCACCAAGCGACUCGGUAUCCCAGGCAGCUGGGCCGUCUUUGGAGGUAGUACCGGCCACGCAAGAGUCUGUUGCGCCUACUCCAACCCCUCAGCGUGCCCCUAGACGCUCUAGAACGGCGCAACAGCUGGAGGAGAGGGACGAGUGGUUGGUCGCCGUCAAAGCUAAGCAGGCGGAGAUCGAGCAGGAGAUCCCCAGAUGCGAGGAGCACAGCAAGCAUCGCAACAGCGACGUCCGCUGCUAUCUCAACUUCCAUGGGACGCAUCAUCCUCUCGACUUGCACCUCAUGUUCCAAUGGGCGAUAGCCGCUUACGACGGGCACGCCUCGGACACCCAACCGCCAGACGAUUUGCUGGUAAAGAGCCUUGAUAGGGUCUCAGAGGCCCGGGGGAUCCAUGCAGCCAAUAGAUCAGCAUGUUCUCAAGGCCAAUCAAGCCAUUCGUCGUCCUCUUCUGGCCCCCAGACGCCUAAUCAGCCCGGUCAACGUCCAACCAUGGUAACGCCUUCUCCGGGUAGCCGUACGGCCCUGGGCCAGAUGAGCUCAAACGCCGUCGCCGCGGCGCCCGCGGCGCCCGAGCGUGUCCCUGGGCCCAAGAUCUCAGUCUGGGCCUUUGUUAAAAGGCUCGAUCAGGGUGGCGAGAGGCUAGCAGCCCGGCUGACCAAGGGGGGGAUUACCACCAUGUCGAUGCUCGCCAAGGCCAAAGCUCGAGGCGCUCUAGGGGCUUUUUCGUUAGGCGUUUUGGAAGAUAUCAUCGUCGAGGGGUGGGUAGAAGAGUGGUAUGAUAGCGACGAGCCAGGCGAGAUGACCUUCGCUCAGGCGGCAAGCAUAAGAGAGGCCAAACAGUAUGGCGACGGUGACGCCGUCGACGCUAGCGUCGACGCUAGCACCAGCUUGGAUGAGCCAAUCGAGGGUCGUUUGCUCUCUAGUUUCAGCUCGCAGCAUUUCUAG